GGGAGAGCCUCUGGCCCCUCAGACUCAUAGUUUUCGACUUGUCUUGAUUCCCUGUGGACGGCGGAUCAUUUGGAGUCGGACUACAAACUGUUCGCGACCGUGGUAUCGACAUGUCAAGGCCAAGUUGAAAAUUACCUAGUACUAGUACCGCCAGUUCAAUCAGAUCCCGCUCGACGAUUGCCAUGAGGCUCCUCGAGACAUCCAGCGCCGACAUCCCGAGGAUGCGCGAAUUCAUCGGUCCCCAGAUCCCUCCAUACGCCAUUCUCUCUCACACCUGGGAGGAUGAGGAGGUCACGAUGCAGCAGUUAAUCGCGGGCACCGCCGACCUAGGAGGUCUGCAGGCCAAAGCCGGCUUCCGCAAAAUCCAUCGGACAUGCGAGGUAGCCCGCACGAGGGACAGGCUCGAAUACGUAUGGGUGGACACGUGCUGCAUCGACAAGACCAGCAGUGCCGAGCUCACCGAGGCCAUCAACUCCAUGUUUGCGUGGUACCGGGAUGCCGAGGUGUGCUAUGUGUUCCUGGCCGAUCUCGAGCCCGGCAGCGACGAGGAUCUCGAAGUGGCCCUGCCCAGGUGCCGGUGGUUCACCCGUGGGUGGACGCUGCAGGAGCUGAUUGCGCCUCGGGAAGUGGUCUUCUUCGACAAGAGGUGGAACAACAGAGGGACAAAGAAGCAUCUUACCGGACUCCUCAAUUCCAUCACUGGAAUCCCCGAGGGACUCCUAUCCCAGGAUGCUGAGCUGUGCGAUUUCCCCGUCGCCCGCAGGAUGUCGUGGGCCGCCCGGCGGCAGACAACCCGGGUCGAGGAUAUGGCGUACUGCCUCCUGGGGAUAUUCGACGUCAGCAUGCCGUUCAUUUAUGGGGACGGUAUGAAAGUGUUCCAGCGGCUGCAGACCAAAAUCAUCGAGACCACAUUGGAUUUGAGCAUCCUUGCGUGGACCGAUGCCCGCGACUCUUGCCCGCCAUUUUCGGGGGUGCUGGCCGAGUCGCCCAGCCAAUUUUCCCAGUGCGGCAACAUCGAGUUGGGCCACGGGGACUCCGCCUACGUCAACUUCGCCAUCACAGCCAGUGGUAUCGUCACUGAUGCCAGCCUGAUCCAUCACGACUAUCAGCUCAUGAAGCACAACUACGAGCGUGACAAGACAAACCCCGAGUACCACCGGAGCUGUGCUUGCCACGAGGUGGAUGCUAGAUUCCCGGUGGUUCUGAACCUAUUCUGUGACCUGCAUGGCAAAACGCUGGGAAUCGGCCUGCGCAAGAUUGGCGGAGGCUUGUAUGCGAGGUACAAGCCGAACACUGUGUUGACGCUGGGCAGGCCUCCAGAAAGAUGCCCCCUCGCGAGGUAUUCCAAACGCUUAGUCGAGACACUCACAUUGGUUAUGAAGCUUCCACGUCCCGCUCUCUGUGGUAGUAGGGGUCUCGAUCCGGCGGUGCGCAAUAGGAUUUCGGUACUCCGCGUCGACUGGGGGCCGCUUGUGAUUCUGGACUUCCGUGUUAGGCCCCAAAGCCACUGGGACAUCCACGACGGAGUGUUCUUCAACUGCAACGCGCCAACGAUAGGCUGGGGGGCAUGGUUUGUCCGGGCCGAGCUACCCCAAGACAGGAAUUCACUUUACGUCGCCGGGAGCGUGCAUUUCUUCCUUGCCUGCUUCGAUUGGCGGGGGCAGCCAAUUGUCUGCAUGGCGGACCUGGACAAGGUGGACUCGGCAAAGACCGUGCUGCUCGAGUCGCAGUUAAACCAGCUCAAGUUUGAAAUGAAUCGCCAGGCAUAUACGAUGGUGAGAAGCGUCUUGGCGGAUCAGCUUCGGGAAUCGAGGGGGUCCCCGACUAUGCAGUGCGAUUUCGGUGCGACAGAAGUCAAAGUAACUUCCAGCGUAUCAAAGGAAUCCCGGCCUGAUCUUUGCGUUAAUCCUGUCUUGGUAUUGAACAUCGAGAAUAAAGUAGCGGCUACUCCUGAAAUCGAAUACCGCGAGUCAAGGGCUAGAAUCCAGGGCUACGAAGAGACAUGUGGAACAGUUCCAGGCAUACAGUUGACUUCGGGAAGACUGUGA